UCAUUUCCUUUCUCUAAAAGAAAUGGCGGAUCACUUAACGCGACUCUGCCAAUUCCUCGCCGAGGAGAAGCUCUCGUCAUCGUCUUCAUCGCUUGAUCUUCUUCGGAAGAUUCGUUCCGAUGAGUCGAUCAAGCUAGGGCUCCAACAGUUAUACUUGAUUCUUCAAGCUGGACUCGACACGAUCGAACCCGGUUCCCAUCCCCGUUUUAAGUUAUGGUCCGAUAAUCAGAUCCUCUCCCUCGCUUCUCUAGGUUCUUGUAUUACCGUCUUUCAAUCUCUCUCAGUGGAACAAUUGGAGCCGAUAAUUGUUGCUGUGGCAAGGAAACUAGUGGAAUUUACUGUUUCUUUUUUAGAGAAAUCAGACUUUAGUGGAGAUGAUUUGAGCUUACAGAGUAAUAUGAUACAAAUUUUGGAGAUUAUAUUGGGCGGUGGAACCGACAAAAUAGUUGAUUUCUCGCAACCUGCCUCUGUAAAUAGCCUUGUAGACUUGUUGCCAAUAGUUUCUAGCAAUUUGGAUGGAAUUGAGCUGGAUGAGAGCAUAAAAUGUUGUCUUCAAGGUAUUAAGUGCCCAAGGGCAGAGAAGCAAGUGGAUCGACUUCUAUUAGCCUUAGCUUCUGAGUGUGUGCAACCUGAAAGAAAUGCUUCAGGGUUUGAGGCUCCUACUUUCCAUCAUGAUUUGAAUAGCCUAAUAUUCCUGUCCCAACAUUGGGCAGUUGCUCAUGCAGAAUGUAUUCGGAGUUUGAUUUUACUGUGCAAAGAGCUUGUUGAUUUUCCUUAUAUAUUUGAUGAAAGGAUAGCAGGUACAAAUUUGCGCAAGAGACUUUCCUUCAGUUUGAGGAUUUUGAAGUCACUUGGAUGCCUUGUAAAGGACGUGGCAUAUGUAGAAUACAAUUCCUCAAUGUUAGAAGCAGUUGCAUCAUUUGCUGAUCUGUUGCCUAAUUUGUUUAGACACAGCUUUGAAUUUGUCAAUAAUACUGCUGCUACUGAGGGUAAUUUCGAGAGUCUUGCACUGUCACUAGUGGAAGAGUUUAUUCAUCUGGUUCGAGUUAUUUUCUGCAACAGUGUCAUUUUUCAGAAUGUGCAAGCCUGUAUAGCAGCAUCUAUUUUGGAACAUCUUGGUCCUUCCAUAUGGAGAUACAAUAAGGCUGCUUUGAACAUAAAGGCCCCUUUAGCCUACUUCCCUCGAACUGUUAUUUAUACCCUGAAGCUCAUUCAGGAUCUCAGAAUCCAAUUAAAUGAGGUAGUUGAUUUGAAGGAGCUUAGCACAGAACUUGGUGGUUGUGUUGAUUUAUCAAAUGAUUCUCCUUCGUGCUGUUUACGUGUUCAGAAGAUUCCCUUGCUUAAGAGGUUCGCUGUCGACGAACUAUCGAGAAUGAUAUUUCCGUCAUCAAGUAAGUGGAUGGACAAUCUGAUGCAUCUUUUCUCUUUUCUUCAUUCUGAAGGAAUGAAAUUAAAGCCGAAAAUGGAGAAUUCAACCAGUUCUGGAAGAUCUAAUUGCUCCUCAGAAUUGGAAAAUGCUGUUUGUCAUGAUGAUGAAGCCCUUUUUGGGAAUCUUUUCUCAGAGGGUAGUCGGAUGUUAGGAUCUGGAGAUGCAUGUGAUCAAACAUCUGCUGUAAGUUCUAGCUCCAGCAAUUGCAAUAUGCCAAUGCAAGCAGCUACGGCACUGUUGAGCUUUUUGAAAGGAUGCAUCUUCUCUCAUGAAUGGCUUCCUUUUGUUUUUGAGGAUGCUUGCAAAAUGCUUAGUGCAGACCACAUUGAUAUUUUACUUUACAUACUUAGCUGUCAGGGGUGCCAUUUUGAAGAUAACUUUGCAGCUGCUCAUGAAGAUAGGAAGAGUGGGCAUAUCCAAGAACUUUCUUUUCAACUUCUGCACAAUCUUCUUACCCAACAUGCAUUGUCUGGUUCACUUGAGGAUUACCUAGUUGUGCGAAUUCUAAAUGUUGAAGAUGGUACCUUUGUUUAUAAUGAUCAGACCUUAACCUUGUUGGCUCAUGCACUUUUCUCUAGAGUGGGCUUAGCUGGAAGCCAGUUGAGAACCAAAAUAUACAGAGGAUUUGUUUCUUUUAUUGUUGAGAAGGCAAGAUCUAUUUGCUCUGACUGUCCUAAUCUGAAGGAACUUCUGGUCACACUUCCAUCUGUAUUUCACAUUGAAAUUCUUCUCAUGGCGUUCCAUUUAUCACCUGAUGAAGACAAGGCAACCAUGGCAAACUUCAUGUUUUCUGCCUUUCGAACAGCUGAUGUUCCAUCUCCUGGUUCUUAUGGCAUGAAGCUCUCUUGCUGGGCAUUGGUAGUUUCAAGGUUGAUAUUGGUGCUUCGUCACAUGAUUUUACAUCCCAGAGCUUGUCCACCAUCAUUGCUGCUGGCUUUUCGAUCAAAGAUGAGGGACACCCAAUGUUUUGAUUCUCAUGUGCCAACAAAUUCUUUUGAUGAUUUUUCCUCCCUGGCAUCAAUUGCAGCAAAGGAUUUGACAGGGGCUUUGGUUGAUGAAGAGCCAAGCAGCAGUAGCCUGUUUCACCAACUGAUCGAUACUGCAUACCUUCAGUCUCCACUUUGCAUUGAUGAUGUUUCCAUUGGAUCAUUACGUUUGAGUUGGGAUGAUCUGUGUUCAAGCUUCUCAUAUCUUAUGGGGUUGUGGAAUGGUAAAAAAGCUGCAACUAUGGAAGACCUUAUUAUUGAACGGUAUAUUUUCUUGCUUUGUUGGGAUAUGCCCUGUAUGAAGUCUCCGUUGGAUCAUCAGCUUUCACAAGGGAGCAACCUGCAGACCAUGGAAAUAUCUAGCAUAGAACAUUUCUUUCGCUUCAGCCAUUCACUUUUGGGCCAGUGUAAUGUUAUUGGCAAUGGUGCUGACUUUCAAAAUCUUGUGGUUGGAUUGCUAAGGCGCCUGCAUGGUGCAAAUAUGCAGGAUAAUUUUGAGAGUCUAGGAUGGGAUUUCUUGAGAAAAGAAAUGUGGAUGUCUUUGAUACUCUCUUUUUUUAAUGUUGGCAUCGAAAGAUAUUGUGUAAAGAACAUUCCUUGGGGUGGUCAAUUUUGGAUAGAGAACAGACCUGGUGAUAGUGUGUAUAGCAAUUCUGCAGAAGGCUUCAUUUCCUGCUUGAUUUCAGAUGGUCACAUUUCAGAGUUGUUGAGAAUGUUCGCAUCCUUCUUAAAAGGAUAUCUGCAGACUUAUGAAAAAGCUUUUCUUGCUACCCUUGGUGAUAGUCAGCAUGAUGACUGUAUGUUCUCGCCUGUGCUGCUUCUCAAGCUAUCUACGUUUGACAAGUUCCUCUGGGAUAAACUCCUUAAGAAGUGUGGUGUGGAUUCUUGUCAGUUGGAGUCUGUUCUUGACAUCUUAUUGAAGGUAGAUGGAGCAGUUGAGAAGAGAGCUUCUGGCAUUUUAGCCAAGGUAUUUUGGGAAUGUAUGUUGCAUGGUUUUCCUUCUCAUCUUCAAACUUCUAGCGGAAUUCUACUUUCUUGCAUUCUCAAUAUAAGGGGGAUUAUUUUCACUUUGGAUGGAUUACUGAAACUAGCCAAGUUGAAAGGGAAUAUUUUCUUGGAGAUUGAUGUACAACACCAAAUUCUUGAUUCAUUGACAAGUGUGAAAUUGGAUCGCAUCCUUGAAAGGCUUCAUGGAAAAUGUGAUGAUGUUUGUCUCAACUUGAAUGCUGGAUUAGAACUGUCUGAUUAUACUGAACUGUUUCUACUGAAGCACAUGGAGGGAUUUCUAAGAUGUAUCCAUUCUGGAGAACUGGGUGACACCAGUAUCCUUGAAUGGGUAAUUACCAAGACAAUUGAUACUAUGGAUGCCCUCAGAAAAGAUCCUAAGAAAUCUACAGUUUUCAAAUUUUAUCUUGGAGCUGAAGAUAUGUCUGAACCGUGUAAAGAGCUGCAUGGGUCAAAGCGUGGUGAUAUAAUGGUUCUUAUUGACUCAGUGGCCAACUGUCACACUGAAUCGGUUAACAUUAAGGUGCUUAGCUUCCUUGUCGAUCUUUUAUCUGGAGAGAUAUGCCCCAAUCUUAAACUGAAGAUACAGACUAAAUUCCUUAGCAUGGAUUUAGUAUUAUUGUCCAAGUGGUUGGAGAAGCGGCUACUAGGUUACACAGCUGAAGCCAUGGAUGGGGUAAAGUCUGUCAAAGCAAAUUCUGUUUCUCUUAGAGAAUCAACUAUGAGUUUUAUUUUGUGCCUUGUAUCGUCACAAUCUGAAUUACAAUCAAAGCUAUACAAUCAUUUGUUUGAAGCUGUAUUGAUCUCACUUGAGACUUCUUUUUUGCAAUUUGAUAUUCAUACUGCAAAGUCAUAUUUCCAUUUUGUUGUCCAACUUGCAAGAGGGGAGAAUUCAAUGAAGUGGCUUUUGAAGAGGACAAUAAUGUUGAUGCAGAAACUGGCAGACGACGAGCGUUUACUACCAGGAUUGAAGUUUAUCUUUGGCUUUCUUGGAUGUUUCUUGAGUGAUUGUGGGUCCCCAGGCAAUACAACAGAAAAGUGUUCUGGGAAGUCUCCAUCUGUCAGUAGUGUUGCAGUGGGCCCUGUAGCUUCUAAACCGUUGGGGUCCAGGAAGAAUUCUGAUGUUCUGGUUCUUUCUGCAAAUCGAGAUGGGGCAUCUGCUGCUCUCGAAUGUGAUGCUACUUCUGUGGAUGAAGAUGAGGAUGAUGGAACAUCUGAUGGUGAGGAAGCUAGCAUUGAUAAGGAGGAGGAAGAGGAUACUAACAGUGAAAGGGCCCUUGCUUCUAAAGUUUGUACUUUCACUUCAAGUGGCAGCAAUUUCAUGGAGCAACAUUGGUAUUUUUGUUAUACCUGUGAUCUAACAGUAUCAAAAGGCUGCUGCUCUGUUUGUGCUAAAGUUUGUCAUCGUGGUCAUCGUGUUGUUUAUUCUCGCUCUAGUCGAUUUUUCUGCGACUGUGGAGCAGGAGGUGUUAGGGGCAGUAGUUGCCAAUGCUUGAAGCCUCGAAAAUUCACUGGUACUGAUAGUGCCCUUAAUUGUGGUGCCAACAAUUUUCAGUCCUUUUUACCUCUCACAGAGGAUGCAGAUCAGCUGCCAGAAAGUGAUUCAGAUGUGGAUGAGGAUGUCGGGGCUGAUAUUGAGAACUCGCUGAGGUUGUCAAUUCCAAAAGAUUUGCAAGAUGGGAUCUCCAUGUUGAUUGAAGAACUUGAUGUUGAGAGUCAGGUGCUUGAACUAUUCUCUGCAUUGUUGCCUUCAAUAACAAGCAGGAGGGAAUCCAACAUUUCAAAGGAUAAGAAAAUUUUUCUGGGUAAAGACAAAGUGCUUGCAUAUGGUAUGGAUCUCUUGCAGUUGAAGAAGGCAUAUAAAAGUGGGUCCUUGGACCUGAAGAUAAAGACUGAUUAUUCAAAUGGAAAAGAACUUAAAAUGCAUUUAGCUAGUGGUUCUCUCGUCAAAUCAUUGCUUAGUGUCAGUAUUCGAGGAAGACUUGCUGUUGGAGAAGGUGACAAAGUUACUAUUUUUGAUGUUGGGCAGUUGAUAGGACAAGCAACUAUUGCACCUGUAACAGCUGACAAGGCCAAUCUCAAGGCUUUAUCCAAGAACCUCGUCCGAUUUGAAAUUGUUCUCCUUGCAUUUAAUCAUGUCGUAGAGAAUUAUCUUGCUGUGGCUGGCUAUGAAGAUUGCCAGGUUCUUACUUUGAAUCCUCGUGGAGAAGUGACUGAUCGUCUAGCCAUUGAACUUGCCCUGCAAGGUGCUUAUAUCAGACGAAUAGAGUGGGUACCUGGUUCUCAGGUUCAGUUGAUGGUGGUUACUAACAGGUUUGUGAAAAUAUAUGAUCUCUCCCAAGACAACAUCAGUCCAAUGCAUUACUUUACACUGCCAGAUGACACAAUUGUAGAUGCAACACUUUUUGUGGCCUCUCAGGGAAGGAUGUUUCUUGUUGUCCUUUCGGAACGAGGGAGCUUAUUUAAGCUGGGAUUAUCUUUGGAGGGUCAUGUGGGGGUUACACCUUUGAAGGAAAUAAUUCAUAUUCAGGACAGAGAAAUUCAUGCAAAAGGCUCAUCUUUGUACUUCUCUUGUACUUAUAAGUUACUUUUCUUGUCCUAUCAAGAUGGCACUACUUUGAUAGGUCGGUUGAGUCCCGAUGCCACAUCAUUGAUAGAGAUAUCUGGUGUCUAUGAGAAGGAACAAGAUGGUAUGCUGCGACCAGCUGGAUUGCAUCGAUGGAAAGAGUUACUUAUUGGUAGUGGAUUAUUUGGCUUCUCAAGUGUGAAAUCAAAUUCUGCAAUUGCGGUGUCCUUCAGCACAAAUGAGUUAUUUGCACAGAAUUUGAGGCAUGCUGUGAGUUCUUCCUCGCCUUUAGUGGGGAUAACUGCAUAUAAGCCCUUAUCCAAAGACAAAGUCCACUGCCUUGUUUUACAUGAUGAUGGGAGCCUUCAGAUAUACUCUCAUGUUCCUAUGGGAGUGGAUGCUGCUGCUAGUGCCACAGCUGAGAAAGUGAAAAAAUUGGGUUCUAAUAUCCUUAAUAAUAAAGCUUAUGCUGGCACAAAGCCAGAAUUCCCCCUUGACUUCUUCGAGAAAACAGUUUGCAUUACAGCAGAUUUGAAACUGGGUGGUGAUGCAAUCAGGAAUGGUGAUUUUGAAGGAGCUAAACAGAGCUUGGCAUCAGAGGAUGGUUUUCUAGAAAGUCCAAGUCCUGCAGGAUUUAAGAUAUCUGUUUCCAAUUCAAACCCUGAUAUUGUCAUGGUCGGCUUUCGUGUUUAUGUGGGUAAUCAAUCAGCAAACCAUAUACCUUCUGAGAUCACCAUUUUCCAAAGGGUGAUUAAGCUUGAUGAGGGCAUGAGGUCCUGGUAUGACAUUCCAUUUACUGUAGCUGAAUCACUCCUUUCCGAUGAAGAGUUCAUCAUCUCUGUUGGUCCAACCUUCAGUGGCACAUCCCUACCUAGAAUAGACUCACUUGAAGUUUAUGGUCGACCUAAAGAUGAAUUUGGCUGGAAGGAGAAAAUGGAUGCUGUGUUAGAUAUAGAAGCUCGUGUUCUUGGUGCUAAUUCUGUGCUUGCAGGAUCUAGCAAAAAGAGCCGGUCAAUGCAGUCUGCUCCAAUUCAGGAACAGGUGGUGGCUGGUGGUCUUAAGCUUCUCUCCAGGAUUUACUCUCUCUGCAGACGACAAGAAGAGGAGCUAAAAGUUGAUCUGAGCAAGCUAAAGAGCAAGCAGUUGUUGGAAGCAAUAUUUGAGAGUGAUAGGGAACCCUUGAUGCUGGCUGCUGCUUGCCGUGUCCUGCAGGCCGUGUUUCCUAAGAAAGAUAUAUACUACCAGAUAAAGGACGCCAUGCGUCUUCUUGGGGUGGUCAAGUCAACGUCUGUUCUUUCUUCAAUGCUUGGAAUUGGUGGUGCAACUGGACGGUGGCUUAUUGAAGAGUUUACUGCCCAGAUGCGGGCUGUGUCUAAAAUUGCACUUCACCGUCGCUCCAAUCUAGCUUCUUUCUUGGAGAUAAAUGGUUCUGAAGUGGUGGAUGGGCUUAUGCAAGUUCUGUGGGGAAUUUUAGACUUGGAACUUCCUGACACACAAACUAUGAACAAUAUCGUGAUGUCUGCUGUAGAGCUCAUUUACAGUUAUGCUGAAUGUUUGGCUCUGCAAGGAAAGGACACAGGGAGGCGCCCUGUGGCACCUGCAGUUAUAUUAUUUAAAAAGCUUCUCUUCUUCCCAAAUGAGGCAGUUCAAACAUCAAGCAGUUUGGCCAUAUCAUCAAGACUGCUCCAGGUUCCAUUUCCAAAACAAACCAUGUUAGGAACUGAUGAUGUGGUAGAAAGUGCAGUAACGAUCUCUGUUCCUGCUGAUACAUCUGGUGGAAAUUCACAAGUCAUGAUCGAAGAAGAUUCUAUAACCUCAUCUGUUCAAUAUUCUUGUGAUGGAUGUUCUACCGUUCCCAUUCUGAGGCGGAGAUGGCAUUGCACUGUUUGUCCUGAUUUUGACUUAUGUGAGGCAUGCUAUGAAGUUCUAGAUGCUGAUCGGCUUCCUCCGCCCCAUUCUAGAGAUCACCCUAUGACUGCAAUUCCAAUUGAAGUGGAAUCUCUUGGAGGAGAUGGCAGUGAAAUCCGCUUCUCUACAGAUGAUUUGAGUGAUGCAAACUUGGUGGCAAAUGUAACAGAUGUUGGAAUGCAGACUUCAGCACCUUCCAUUCAUGUCUUGGAACCAAGUGAAUCCAUGGAGUUCUCUUCUUCAAUGACUGAUCCUGUCUCAAUUUCUGCUUCAAAACGAGCUGUGAAUUCCUUGCUUCUGUCUGAGCUUCUUGAGCAGUUGAAAGGGUGGAUGGAGACCACCUCUGGUAUUCGAGCUAUUCCUGUUAUGCAACUUUUCUACAGAUUAUCAUCUGCUGUUGGUGGGCCUUUUAUUGACAGUUCAAAGUCUGAAACCUUAGAUUUGGAGAAACUAAUUAAAUGGUUUCUGGAUGAAAUUAACCAAAAACCUUUUGUUGCAAGAAAACGUUCUUCUUUUGGAGAAGUGGCAAUCCUAGUCUUCAUGUUUUUCACAUUGAUGCUCCGAAACUGGCAUCAGCCUGGUAGUGAUGGUACUGCUUCAAAAGGAACUGGAAAUACAGACAGUCCUGAAAGUGUUCCUCAAGUCUCCAGUUCCGCUGCCUCUCGGUCUUCCUUGGUGAAUCAUGAAAAAAAUGACUUUGCAUCCCAACUUCUUCGAGCUUGCAACUCUCUUAGGAACCAAGCUUUUGUUAAUUAUCUAAUGGAUAUUCUGCAACAGCUAGUGCAUGUUUUUAAGUCACCAGCAGCUGGUCUUGAAAAUGCCCAUGGUUCAAAUGUUGCUUCUGGAUGUGGGGCUCUAUUAACAAUCCGAAGAGAUCUACCUGCUGGUAAUUUUUCUCCGUUCUUUUCGGAUUCAUAUGCCAAAGCUCAUCGGGCAGAUACUUUUAUGGACUACCACAGGCUGUUGUUGGAGAAUGCAUUUCGACUGGUGUACACCUUGGUAAGGCCAGAAAAACAUGACAAAAAUGGGGAGAAAGAUAAGGUUUAUAAGGCAUCCUCUGGCAAGGAUUUGAAGCUUGAUGGAUAUCAGGAAGUCCUCUGCAGUUAUAUAAAUAAUCCCCAUACAACAUUCGUGAGAAGAUAUGCAAGGAGACUUUUUCUACAUCUGUGUGGAAGCAAAACUCACUAUUAUAGUGUUCGGGAUUCUUGGCAAUUCUCUACUGAAGUGAAGAAACUAUACAAACAUGUGAACAAAUCUGGUGGAUUUCAAAAUCCUGUUCCGUAUGAAAGAAGUGUUAAGAUAGUUAAGUGCUUCUCUACCAUUGCUGAAGUGGCUGCUGCUCGGCCUCGGAACUGGCAGAAGUAUUGCUUGAGACAUAGUGAUGUUUUGCCCUUCCUAAUGAAUGGGAUUUUCUAUUUUGGUGAGGAGUCUGUCAUUCAGACUCUUAAAUUAUUAAAUUUGGCAUUCUAUUUAGGGAAGGAUAUGAAUCACUCUUUGCAAAAAGCGGAAUCUGGGGAUUCAGGUACCAUUUCGAACAGAACAGGUACGCAGUCUUUGGAUUCAAAAAAGAAGAAGGGUGAUGAUGGAGCUGAAACUGGUUUAGAGAAGUCUUUUGUGGAUAUGGAAAUGGUGGUUGAAAUCUUUACUGAUAGGGGUGAUGUCUUGAGGCAAUUUAUUGAUUGUUUUUUGCUGGAAUGGAACUCGAGUUCUGUCCGUGCUGAGUCUAAGUGUGUUCUUUAUGGAGUGUGGCAUCAUGGGAAACAUUCAUUCAAGGAAACUGUGUUGGCAGCUCUCCUGCAGAAGGUUAAAUGCCUGCCAAUGUAUGGUCAGAAUAUUGUGGAGUAUACUGAACUUAUCACUUGGUUACUCGGUGAGUUCCCUGAUAAAAGUUCGAAACAACAGACUGAAAUUGUGGACCACUGCUUGACCCCUGAUGUUAUUAGGAGUAUAUUUGAGGCACUUCAUUCGCAAAAUGAACUCAUAGCUAAUCAUCCUAAUUCUCGGAUAUACAACACCUUGAGUGGUCUGGUGGAAUUUGAUGGUUAUUAUCUUGAGAGUGAACCAUGUGUUGCCUGCAGCUCUCCUGAGGUCCCAUUUAGCAGAAUGAAGUUGGAAAGUCUUAAAUCUGAAACCAAGUUCACUGACAACCGCAUCAUUGUGAAGUGCACUGGAAGUUAUACAAUCCAGACUGUGACUAUGAAUGUUCAUGAUGCCCGUAAGUCCAAGUCAGUUAAUGUCCUGAACCUGUAUUACAACAAUCGACCUGUGGCUGACUUGUCAGAACUGAAAAAUAAUUGGUCAUUAUGGAAGCGUGCAAAGAGUUGUCAUCUUGCUUUCAACCAGAGCGAGCUCAAAGUGGAGUUCCCCAUUCCAAUUACUGCAUGUAACUUCAUGAUUGAGCUUGAUUCUUUCUAUGAGAAUCUUCAAGCCUUAUCCCUUGAACCAUUGCAAUGCCCCCGUUGCAGUCGACCUGUAACUGAUAAGCAUGGAAUUUGCAGUAACUGCCAUGAAAAUGCAUAUCAAUGCAGGCAGUGCCGUAAUAUCAAUUAUGAAAAUCUGGAUUCUUUUCUAUGCAAUGAGUGUGGAUACAGCAAGUAUGGUCGGUUCGAGUUCAACUUCAUGGCAAAGCCAAGUUUUACAUUUGACAACAUGGAGAAUGAUGAAGACAUGAAGAAAGGGCUGGCAGCUAUAGAAGCUGAAUCUGAAAAUGCUCAUAGGAGAUAUCAGCAACUUCUGGGCUUUAAGAAGCCCCUUCUGAAGAUUGUGUCAAGCAUUGGUGAAAAUGAGAUGGAUUCGCAGCAGAAAGACUCCGUCCAGCAAAUGAUGGUCUCCUUGCCUGGUCCUUCAUGUAAGAUAAACCGCAAAAUUGCUCUUCUAGGUGUCCUCUAUGGUGAGAAGUGCAAAGCUGCUUUCGAUUCUGUCAGUAAGAGUGUACAGACACUGCAGGGUCUUCGUCGGGUUCUAAUGAAUUACUUACACCAGAAACAUUCAGAUAACUCUGGGGUUGCAUCAAGGUUUGUGAUUUCCAGAUCCCCAAAUAAUUGCUAUGGUUGUGCAAUGACAUUUGUCACACAGUGUCUUGAGAUCCUCCAGGUUCUGUCGAAACAUCAAAAUUCUAAGAAGCAACUUGUCUCAUCUGGCAUCUUGUCUGAGUUGUUUGAAAAUAAUAUUCACCAAGGUCCAAAAACUGCUCGCGUACAAACUAGGGCAGCCCUUUGUGCUUUCUCUGAAGGCGAUGUUAAUGCAGUAUCUGAGUUGAACAGUUUGAUACAGAAGAAAGUCAUGUACUGUCUUGAACAUCAUCGCUCCAUGGACAUUGCUGUUGCCUCUCGUGAGGAAUUGUUAUUGCUUUCAGAGGUGUGCUCCCUUGCUGAUGAAUUCUGGGAAUCAAGAUUGCGUGUUGUUUUUCAUCUGUUAUUUUCUUCCAUAAAAUUGGGUGCGAAGCAUCCUGCCAUAUCGGAGCAUAUAGUUCUUCCUUGCCUAAGGAUUAUAUCUUUGGCUUGUACUCCUCCAAAACCUGAUACUGCAGAAAAGGAGCAAGGUGUUGGCAAAUCUAAUCCAGUUAUGCAACAGAAGGAUGAAAAUAAUUCAACUAUAUUUGGAUCUCAUGGUGGUGGUAUCAGUUCCAGUAAGCUAAUGCCAGAACCUAUGGAAAAAAAUUGGGUUGCUUCUCAUAAGACCCAAGAUAUUCAAUUGCUAAGUUAUUCUGAGUGGGAGAAGGGGGCAUCUUAUCUUGAUUUUGUCCGAAGGCAAUAUAAAGUGUCUCAAACUGUCAAAGGUAUGGGCCCGAGGUCUCGUCCACAUCGAACUGACUUCCUAGCCCUCAAAUAUGGACUAAGGUGGAAACGAUCUGCUUGUAAAGCAAACAAAGGUGACUUGUCAGUAUUUGAGCUAGGAUCAUGGGUUACAGAACUUGUUUUGAGUGCUUGCUCCCAGUCUAUUAGGUCUGAGAUGUGUAUGCUAAUUAGUUUACUUUGUGCUCAAAGCCCAUCAAGGCGAUUUCGGUUGCUAAACCUACUGAUGGGUCUGUUACCGUCAACUCUUGCUGCUGGUGAAAGUGCUGCAGAGUAUUUUGAGUUGCUAUUCAAGAUGAUUGAAUCAGAAGAUGCUCGUCUAUUCUUGACAGUAAGGGGGUGUCUAGAUACAAUUUGUAAGUUGAUUACCAAAGAAGUGGGGAAUAUUGAAUCACUUGAGAGGAGCUUGCAUAUUGACAUUUCGCAAGGAUUCAUCCUCCAUAAGCUCAUAGAGCUACUUGGCAAAUUUCUGGAGGUUCCCAAUAUCAGAUCCAGGUUCAUGCAAGACAAUUUGCUGACUGAAGUCCUUGAGGCACUUAUUGUAAUUCGUGGUUUGAUAGUGCAGAAGACUAAGUUAAUUAGUGAUUGCAACCGACUUCUAAAAGAUCUUCUAGAUAGUCUGCUGCUCGAGAGUAGUGAGAACAAACGGCAAUUUAUCCGUGCUUGUAUAUGCGGUCUGCAGAUUCAUGGCGAGGAGAAGAAAGGAAGAACUUGUCUGUUUAUUUUAGAGCAACUCUGCAACUUGAUCUGCCCAUCAAAACCGGAGGCCACUUAUUUGUUGGUUCUCAACAAAGCUCACACACAGGAAGAGUUUAUCAGAGGAUCAAUGACUAAAAAUCCUUAUUCAAGUGCUGAGAUUGGUCCGCUAAUGCGUGAUGUUAAAAAUAAAAUUUGCCAUCAAUUGGAUCUCAUAGGUCUUCUUGAAGAUGACUAUGGCAUGGAACUCUUAGUAGCCGGGAAUAUAAUUUCUCUUGAUUUGAGCAUUGCUCAGGUUUAUGAACAAGUCUGGAAGAAGUCAAACAGUCAAUCUUCAAAUUCUCUGUCUAACUCUUCUCUUUUAUCUUCUGGUGCUGUUACAUCAAGUAGAGAAUGCUCGCCCAUGAUUGUGACAUACCGACUUCAGGGUUUAGAUGGUGAAGCUACUGAGCCUAUGAUAAAAGAACUGGAGGAAGAUAGAGAAGAAUCACAAGAUCCUGAGGUUGAAUUUGCAAUAGCUGGUGCAGUUCGUGAGUAUGAUGGGCUGGAAACCUUGUUGCGCAUGAUUCAGCGUUUGCGAGAUGACUUCAAGUCCAAUCAGGAGCAGUUGGUGGCUGUUCUCAAUCUCCUCAUGCACUGCUGCAAGAUUAGAGAGAACAGGAGGGCCUUAUUAAGGCUUGGCGCUUUAGGUCUACUGCUUGAAACAGCAAGGCGUGCGUUCACCGUGGAUGCCAUGGAGCCAGCUGAAUGGAUUCUUUUGAUUGUGGAGAGUCUGACAAUUGAAGCAAAUGAGAGUGACACUAUUAGUAUUUCACAGAGUGUUCUUACCGUCACCAGUGAGGAAACUGGCACUGGAGACCAAGCAAAGAAAAUAGUUCUUAUGUUCCUGGAGAGGCUGUCUCAUCCUCCUGGUCAUAAGAAAUCAAACAAACAACAGAGGAACACUGAGAUGGUCGCAAGAAUAUUACCCUACUUGACUUAUGGUGAACCUGAUGCUAUGGAAGCUCUUAUCCAGCAUUUUAACCCCUACUUGCAAGACUGGGGAGAAUUCGACCGAUUGCAGAAGCAGCAUCAAGACGAUCCGAAAGAUGAAACCAUCGCCCUGCAAGCAGCCAAGCAGAGAUUCACAGUGGAAAAUUUUGUUAUGGUUUCAGAAUCUCUAAAGACAAGUUCCUGUGGGGAGAGAUUGAAGGAUAUUAUCCUAGAGAAGGGCAUUACGGGUGUAGCUGUCAGACAUUUGAGUGAGAGUUUUGCAAUUGCAGGACAGGCUGGCUUUAAAUCUAGUUCAGAAUGGGCUUUAGCUUUGAAACUGCCAUCUGUCCCACUUGUUUUGUCAAUGCUAAGGGGCUUAUCAAUGGGGCACUUUGCCACUCAAAGAUGCAUUGAUGAAAGUGGAAUUUUGCCCUUAGUCCAUGCUUUGGAAGGUGUGCCCGGAGAAAAUGAGAUUGGAGCGAAGGCUGAGAAUUUGUUGGACACACUAUCAGAUAAGGAAAGCAAAGGAGAUGGAUUCUUGGAGGAGAAGGUGCGAAAGUUGCGGCAUGCAACCAGAGAUGAAAUGAGACGGCGAGCUCUAAGGAAAAGGGAAGAGUUGCUUCAGGGACUUGGAAUGCGACAAGAAUUAGCUUCAGAUGGUGGUGAGCGAAUAGUUGUUUCUCGGCCUCUUCUGGAAGGUUUGGAAGAUGUGGAGGAGGAGGAAGAUGGGCUGGCUUGUAUGGUGUGUCGAGAAGGCUAUAGUUUGAGACCCACUGACUUGCUGGGUGUUUACUCUUAUAGCAAGCGAGUAAACCUGGGUGUUGGCACGUCAGGAAGUGCACGUGGAGAGUGUGUUUACACUACUGUUAGUUACUUCAAUAUUAUUCAUUUUCAGUGCCAUCAGGAGGAAAGAGCAGAUGCUGCUUUGAGGAAUCCAAAGAAAGAGUGGGAGGGUGCUACUCUCAGAAACAAUGAAUCGCUUUGCAAUUCUUUAUUUCCUGUGAGAGGCCCAUCAGUUCCACUAGCACUGUAUGUUCGCUGUGUCGAUCAAUACUGGGAUAACCUCAAUGCUCUUGGUCGUGCUGAUGGAAGUCGGCUCCGGCUGUUGACUUAUGAUAUUGUUCUGAUGCUAGCUCGAUUUGCAACAGGAGCAUCAUUCAGUGCAGAGUGUAGGGGUGGUGGAAGGGAAAGCAACUCCCGUUUUUUGCCUUUCAUGAUCCAAAUGGCUCGUCACCUUCUCGAACAGGGAGGCCCCUCUCAGAGACGUAACAUGGCCAAGGCAAUAGCAACAUAUAUAUCCUCUUCAUCAUUAGAUUCAAAAUCCGCCACCAGUGGGACUGAGGAAACCGUUCAGUUCAUGAUGGUAAAUUCACUGCUUUCGGAGCCGUACGAGUCAUGGCUGCAACAUCGACGUGACUUUUUGCAACGCGGAAUAUAUCAUGCCUACAUGCAGCAUACUCACGGUCGGUCAACGGCUAAGAUUGAACCAGCAAGUAUCAGCAAAAGUCUCACCUCCACAGAAUCUAGUGGUGAUGAGCUAUUGUCGAUUGUUCGACCCAUGCUGGUGUAUACGGGCUUGAUUGAGCAGUUGCAGCAAAUAUUCAAGGUGAAGAAAUCAUCAAGUAUGGCAACCGUCAAAGGCAAAGCCGAAGGAACAUCGACCGGAACUGAAGGCGAAGGGUUGGAAGGCUGGGAGGUGGUAAUGAAAGAGCGGUUGUUAAAUGUGAAGGAAAUGCUAGGGUUCUCCAAAGAGUUACUCUCAUGGCUCGAUGACAUGAAUUCUGCAAGCGAUUUGCAGGAGGCGUUCGACAUCAUCGGGGCCCUGGGAGAUGUUUUAUCAGGCGGAUUUACGCGGUGUGAGGAUUUCGUACAAGCCGCUAUUGCUGCAGGAAAAAUGUGAGGCUCGCUUUGUCGGUUUGUAUUUGGUUACCUCUUCUAUUUGACGUUUUGGAAGUAAAAUAAUGCGACAGUGCCUUGUAAAACUUGGUCUUUUGAAUCUAAAAAUCUUUUAUGCCA